UGCAUUUGGAUCCUGUAAUAAAUUUUGGCAUUGAAGCUCUGAAAUGGUUCAAAGGACAGCAAAGUAUAUGUAUUACAGAAAAGUGAAAUGUCAAAGGAAGAAGAAGGGUACAGAAGGAGGAGCUCCCGUUUAUGGGCCUUAGAGGAGGCAGCAAAAUUUAAACAGAAAGAAAAAGAGGAGAAGAACAAGGAGGCGAAGGAGAAGCUGAGAGCAAAGCAAAAUGCCUCACCUUCCAUGCCUUUGCCUGACCGCAAGAGGGGCCGGAAGAAGAAAAGGCUUGAAGAGGUUGUGGUUUCUUCUGUUGCAAGGGAUGGAGAAAACCCAAAAGAUGAAGAUCCUCCACUCAACCCUGAUCAACCAGCAAUCUUACCAUCUACGAAACCGCUUCCAGAAAAGAGCAGACUUGAAUUUAUCCUGGAUAUACUACAAAGGAGAGAUACACAUGAAAUAUUCGCUGAGCCAGUUGAUGCUGAUGAGGUGGAGGGUUACUAUGAUGUUAUUAAAGAGCCAAUGGAUUUUGGGACAAUGAGGGCAAAACUUCAGGAAGGAAUGUAUAAAACUUUAGAGCAAUUUGAGCAUGAUGUAUUUCAAAUAUCCAGCAAUGCAAUGCUUUUUAACUCAUCAACUACUGUUUAUUUCAGACAGGCUCGUGCUUUACGGGAACUGGCCCAGAAGGUUUUUGAUGCUCUUAAAACUCAUCCAGAAACAUUAGAAUUGGAGUUCUCCCAGAUAAGAAGACGCCCUGGUAGGAAACCCCAAGGUGAGGGGAGUGUUUCACACACUAAACUUGCAAGUAACUUGAAGUCCAUUGGUAUUGGUGUUUCAUCAAAUGGUAGAACAUGUUCCUUAAAUGGACCAUCUAUCAGGAGAAAUACCCAAGCAUACCUUGCAGCAUCUCGCUCAAUUUCUCGUGCUGACCAGAAAGAUAAAGCAAUUCUUUCUGGGUCUAGAGGUGGUAGGAACUUGAAUCAAAUGGAAACUGAAAGGCGCCGAACAUAUAGGCCUUGGAGUACUUUUGCGAGUGAGAAUGACUUAUUAAUUUCAGCAGUUUAUAAUGAAUCAAAACAACUUAUUCAGGUUAUGAAUGGGGAUGGUGGGUACAAAGAAAGUUUAAUGCGAUUUCUUAAAGAUAUGGGACCAACAGCCCAAAUGGUUGCCAAUAGGAAAAUGGCAAACUGUCCAACUGGAGAUCCAAGUUCCCAGUCUCUGACUCCAGCCCCUUCAGCUAACACUCCAAACUAUCUGCUCCCUGCAUCAACCUCCCAAACAGGAACACCUUAUCUGGGUGCUGUCACAAAUUGCCCAACGCCUCAUAAUUUCCAGCAAAACUUACCUGGGGAUUCUAGUGCCUUUGCAGAUGCCAAUGACAGAUUGACUGUCAGUGGUAAUGCUUUCAGAGGAAAUAUUCAUACCCGCAACAGCAUGGAUAUCCAUAGUGGAGCUUACAAAGGAAAGAUGGUUUGUCUUCCUGGAAGAAUGAAUAUUCCUAGUGCUAUCCAAGGGGAAAUUUUUCCUACCAAUUACAUGAUGGGAACUCAAAGUGCUUUACAAGUUCAAAGGACCUAUCCUGCUACCAGAAAGAAUACUGAUAACACUGUGCUUGGAGAAACGGCUGUUAACAAACCUGCCAUAAUGGACAUUCGCAAUCCUACCAGAGAAGAGAUGAUUCACACCAGUGACAAAAUCGGUCUUCUGCAUGGAGCAGUGAGAGAAGAUUCCAUGAAGCAAAAACAGAAUGCCCAGAUCCACUCAGGCUCAUACUUCCCAAUUACUGGAAUAAAAGAUUUGAACUCUGUUGGGAGUACAGGAGCUGUCAGAGAGGAUUCCAGUAAGCAGAAACAAAACACCCAGAUUCAGUCAGGCUCAUACUUCGCCCUUACUGGAGUGAAAGAUUUGAACUUUGUUUGGGGUACCAGCUCUGUUGGAGAAAAUUCCACUGAGCAGAAUCAGAACACCCAGAUUCGGUUGAGCUCAUACUUCCCUGUUAGUGGAAUGAGAGAUUUGAACUCUGUUGGGAAUACUGGAGCUGUCAGAGAAGAUUCCAAUAAGCAAAAUCAGAACAGCCAGAUUCAGUCAGCCUCAUACUUCCCUAUUACUGGAAUUAAAGAUUUGAACUCUGUUGGGAGUGCUGGAGCUGUCAAAGGAGAUUCCCCUAAGCGGAAUCAAAACUCCCAUAUUCAGUUAGGCCCAUACUUCCCUAUCACUGGAAUUAAAGAUUUGAACUCUGUUGAUAGUACUGGAGCUGUCAGAGAAGAUUCCACCAAGCAGAAACAGAACAGCCAGAUUCAGUCAGGCUCAUACUUCCCAUUUACUGGAAUUAAAGAUUUGAAAUCUGUUGGGAGUACUGGAAUUGAAGAUUUGAAUAGUCCCUCCGUUAGGAUCACAAACACCAGUGGCAAGCAUAAAAUGAUGGAUUUGAUGAUGGACUCUUGCCAAUUUGAUGAUCAGGUACAGCUGGCUCUGUUGGCCACGGAAUCUCAGUCAAGGCUGCUUGAAUUUGGGUCUAAAAGUGAAUCAUCAUUGUUGCCUUUACAAGUAGCAAAUAUGACAAGCUCAGGCUAUGCCACCACAGCCUUCCAUGGCUUGGGUUCAGAUUAUAUGGGAGGGGAGGACCUGACUGAUGCUCCACUGAUCCCGAAUUAUGGAGCCAUAUCUGCUCGAGAAGGUCAACUCCUGGAAUGGAGCCGACCCACACCAUGGGGACUGCAGGCAAUCCAUGAUUUUCCAUAUAAGAAAAUGCCAGCAGGUGGGAUGAAUUCAUUUCCCCAGGAUGCACUUGUUGCGCUUGGUGGGGUGAAUCCAGUUCACCAGAAUGCACUUGUUGGGCAAGGACCACAGCUGGCAUCUGCUCCUCGAGGUCCUUUUGUUGAUGCACUGAGUUUUUAUGAGAGAGCCUCCAACCAAGGCUUCCAAGCAGAGGCUAGCGGUCAUCAUCUUGGGAAUAUCCAACAACAGCAGCCCGUACAGGCUUCUCAGCAUCUCAGGCAGGCUUCUCAGCAGCCCAGGCAGACUUCUCAGCAACCCAAGCAGGCUUCUCAGCAGCCUGAUUUGGCUCUUCAGCUGUGAGCCAACAAUUAGGUUUCUCAUUUUGGUAAACCAUAGAAUAAAUGGACAAAUGAGUUACAUGUCUUUAAACUGUUUUCUACUUAAUGUCUAGCUAUGUUUCAGGAGUCAGACAAAUUUUGCUGUUUUUUUUUCUUCAUAUAAUGCUUCUGGGAGGAUAAUUAGACAUACAGUUGGUGGCAUCAGGCAUGCCAUAAGCUGAACUCUGGAGUUGAAAAGUAAAAUAAUUGAGUUACCAGCCUAUCCCUUUUAAUGCAUAAAAUGUCUGGAAAUUAAGUAUUGCUGCCUCCCUACCAGGUCAUUUUCUGUGGUGGUUAAAAGGGAUUAGGCAAAAUUGAAGGUAAGUGAAGGAUUUGGAUCUCUUAAUGCUUCUUGAACAUGUUAUUUUGAGGAGAAAACAGGUUCAGACCUCUGAAUGGUUGCUUGAGUUUAGACAGAGAGAUGAGUUUCAUCUCAUAAUGACUUUCCAUUUUAUCAAUUUUCCUUUUUGUAUCAAUUUGCAGGCUAGGUUAUAUUGCUGUCAAAUUAGUGUGCCGCCUUCCUCACUCUGUUAAGUUUUGAAUUUUUUAGUUGGUAACAUCAUUGGGUACUUGGAAUAUUGUGACUACAAGAGCUGGUUUAAUCCAAUGCCUCCUGCUUUGAGCUUCAA